AAAAAAGAAGAAAAGAAAAAAAGCAGCAAACCUAGUCCUUACAUUGGAAAAAAAAUCCGACAUUACAUGGAAUGUUCUACACCUGUGGGAAACUGACUCCCUUUCCUCUCAGGAAAAAGGUCCCAAGAUGAGCAGUUCCCUGGAGCAAGCUCUGGCUGUGAUGGUCUUUACCUUCCACAACUACUCGAGUAAAGAGGGUGACAAAUUCAAGCUGAGCAAGGGGGAGAUGAAGGAGUUGUUAAAGAAUGAGCUCCCCAGCUUUGUCGGAGGAGAGGUGGAUGAAGAGGGGCUGAAGAAGCUGAUGGGGAAUUUGGAUGAGAACCGUGACCAGGAGGUGGACUUCCAGGAGUACGCAGUCUUUUUGGCCCUGAUCUCCAUGAUGUGUAAUGACUUUUUCAAGGAUUGUCCUGACCGUCCUUGAAAUAGCAUACCCCAGGGGGCAGCUAGAUGGUGCAGUGGAUAAAGCACCGGCCCUGGAGUCAGGAGUACCUGAGUUCAAAUUUGGCCUCAGACACUUGACACUUGCUAGCUGUGUGACCCUGGGCAAGUCACUUAACCCCCAUUGCCCCGCCAGAAAAAGAAAAAGAAAAGAAAUAACAUACCCCUUCCCACUCCCCUGCCCUACUCUACUUCCCAAGACAUCUUUCUAGCCCUGGGCUCAGUGCAUUGUUUGUUUUAUAUUCAAUAAAGGCUACUUUGA